CCCGCCGGUUACAGCACUAGCUUCACUGGACAGUUCGGUGGUCUUUUCGCACCGAACUAUCUCGGCUACCAACAGCUCUCUUCCUAUAACACUAGCGCAUGUGCUGCCUACUGCAAUGCCCGCUCUGACUGCAAUGCUUUCAACAUUUACUUCGAGCGCACGCCUGUCUUCAUUCCCGAUGACUCUUGCCCGAGUCCCAACGCUGCUGCGACCAUCACUUGCGCACUCUACGGCAGCUCUGUCGAUGCUUCGACUGCCACCAACAUCGGCCAGUACCGUAAGGACUUCAUGGUUGUCAUCCAAGGAUCUAAUGGCUACAACCUCAACCCUGCUCCCGCUUCCGUUUCGUCGUUCCAAGGUCCCAAUGCUCUUGAUGCGGUUGCUUACAGCAGCGGUAUCUACUUGGCUCAGCAGUACUUUUCGACAUACGAUGUUACACAGUGCAGCGCUGCUUGUACCGCCUAUACAGCAAAGUCGAAGUCGACUGCUCAGAGCAACAAGGCUUCGACCUACUCACCUUGCAACUACUUCAACGUCUUCAACUUGACGCUGAAUGGACAGUCGCAGAUGAUGGGAUGUUAUUUGUUCAGCACUUCGGAUGCCCAAAACUACGACACCUACAGAACCGCAAAGGGCAGUGAUGGUACCGUCUACAACCUGACCAACUCAUACGGAUAU